GCCAGGUGGCCGCCUGCCCGCUGGCGCGGGGCGCUGGCCAUGGAGGCGCAAGGCUUGGAUUGGCUCCUGGUCCCGCUGCACCAGCUGGUCUCCUGGGGCGCGGCCGGGGCCAUGGUCUUCGGAGGGGUGGUGCCCUACAUCCCCCAGUACAGGGACAUCAGGAGGACCCAGAACGCCGAGGGCUUCUCCACCCACGUGUGUCUGGUGCUCCUGGUGGCCAACAUCUUACGGAUUCUCUUCUGGUUCGGAAGGCGCUUCGAGUCCCCGCUGCUCUGGCAGAGUGUGGUGAUGAUCCUGGCCAUGCUGCUCAUGCUGCGGCUGUGCACCGAGGUCCGCGUGGCCAGCGAGCUGAGCGCCCGGCGCCGCUGCUUCGCAGACUUCGACCCGCAGCACUUCUGGCGCUGGAGCAGCUUCAGCGACUACGUGCAGUGCGUGCUGGCCUUCACCGGCGUGGCCGGCUACAUCACCUACCUGUCCAUUGACUCAGUCGUGUUCGUGGAGACGCUGGGCUUCCUGGCCGUGCUGACCGAGGCCAUGCUGGGCCUGCCGCAGCUGUACCGCAACCACCGCCACCGCUCCACGGAGGGCAUGAGCAUCAAGAUGGUGGCCAUGUGGACGAGUGGCGACACCUUCAAGACAGCCUACUUCCUGCUGAACGGCGCGCCGCUGCAGUUCUGCGUGUGCGGCUUGCUGCAGGUGCUCGUGGACCUGGCCAUCCUGGGGCAGGCCUACGCCUUCGCCCGCCACCCCCCGAAACCUGCUCCCCACGUGGCACACCCCACCAGUGCCAAGGCCCUCUGACGCCGCUGGUGAGGAAACAGAGGGAGAGGCCUGAGCAGCACCGCCUGGGAAUUAAAGGUCUCCGUGGCAACCACUGCCCGCGGGCUGCAGCAGCUGUCAGUCAUUGAGCCGGCCGGUGGGGUCAGAGUGGGUGGGACACAGCCAGGGCUGCCUCCCCUGUGGGUCCCCAGGGAAGGGCUGCCCGGGCCCUGGCCUGGUGUCCCUAAGCAGACCAGCCUGAGGUCAGCGACCGGGGUCUGUGCCUCCCCCCACACACACCUUGGUCUCUGCUGGCUCACAUCUUGAGGGGCCUCCCUCCCACCACUGGAUACUUCCAAGGAUGCAGGCCCCCCUGGCUGUGCACCGGACAGUUUUGUGUGAAGCAGGGGCCCUCUGUGCUAGGCGAGCUUCCUUACUUCACAAAGAGCGCGUGUGGGCAAGAUAAACUCACAGAAAAUACACAAGUGCACUUUUCCUCAAACCCUAAAUGUCUGAUUUAUUGGAUGGCUCUUCCCGGCCAGCAUUUGGAUGUGGGAACAAAGGUGACUCUGCUUGGGCCCCUGAAUGACUGGGGCCACCUCAUUUGAGCCUCUAAGGGUUUUGAGCAGGUGAAGAACUGUGUGCUCUGCCCGGUGGAGCUUGUGUACACGGUGGAGAGCUUGUGUGCGCGGUGGGGCUUGGGUGCACAGUGGAGAGAUUGUGUGCGCGGUGGAGGGCUGGCAGGUGCGCCCUCCCCACAAUGCCUGAUGCACCCAUCUGUGUGUGGGUAAGGGCGGGGUGCCUUUCCCUAAGAUAGGGCGUAUGUAAUGGGGCCUCAUGGGCAGGUAAUGGGGGCAUCAGGUGGCUGACGCUGACAGCAUGCUCACUCCUGUGCUGACCUGUCCUGAGGAGCCCCAGAAGCCCAGUGCGCCAGUGCAGGGAAGGGUGAGGGGUAAGGAGGUGGGGAGGUGGCCUCUCCCGGUUGUGUUCCAGGGCAGGGAGAGGGGCAGCCCAAACCCCACAAACCUGCCUAUUCUAAAUCGGUUCUGCCAUCCGCCACAAAACAUGAGACUUUAAUGGGAAGGAACUUUAAUACAAUUUGGAAACAAUACGGGAAAGGCAAAGAGUCUAGUUUCUAAAUGAAGCACCCAACGUGACCCGUCCCCUCGUGGGUAAAACUCCAUCCAAAUGGGAUUGGCCCAGAGCAGGGCCCCAGAGCCUGCCCCAAGUCUAAAGCAUCUUCCAGUGGGACCCACAGAAAAGGGUCAGAAACAACCAGACAAGCCCGGAAGGAAAAGAGCAACAUCAACAUCAAGAUACAAGCUGCCACUGUCCCCUCCCCACGGGUCUCUCGCCCGCAUCUGUGUCCCCCCGUCCACGACCAAAAGGCCGGCGCGGUUUCUCCACGUGUGUCUCGGCUCCACGCGCCUCCCCCAGGGCUCCUUCUGGCUCCAUCCUGCUCCUUCCUUCCGCAGUCUCCUCUGCAGCGUCUCCUCUCCCUGCUCAGCUCCACCCUCCUUGGGUGAGGCAGGGAACCUGGAACCUCCCCCUUUCCUGGGCACCCCCGUUACAGCUGGACACCUGCAGCCGGGUGGGGGAGGACUGGACGGGCCCUGGGCUCAUCCCCACGCCUGACCUGGCCCUUGAAGAGCCAACUUGGUUGGUUGGUUCAUGGCGAUGGGCUGUGUGUCCCCCUGUACAGGAGGCGGCAGUCUGCCCCACACUUCUCAGCACGGGGUGAAGAGUGGGGUGCAGGGGGCCCCGGAAGACUAGCAGGUACCCAGCUCGCGCUCACCCCUUCAGGUGCCAACACUCUGCCCUCUGCCGAGGACCA